AUGCGUACGACGACAUUGAGCGUGGCCACCAAGCCCCUUCCGGGAGCCAAUUUAUCAAGGCUACAUGUAGCUCGAUUAUCUAAACCCAUGCGCUGUGGUCAGCUUCACGUUGCAUGUGCACAACGGGCAUACACUUCGAGGGCGUCCGGAUUGGAGGUUGACCUCACGGCACCGAAUGGCCUAUCCUGGUCCCAGCCGCUGGGCCUGUUCAUAGGAAACGACUUUGUACCAUCUGUGAAGGAGAAGCAGAUCAUUACACAUAAUCCAUACACGGAAACGGAGAUUUGCUCCGUCGCAGCUGCAACGCCCCAAGAUGUAGACGAGGCUGUCAAAGCGUCCCGCAACGCCUUGAAGCAUUCAUCAUGGAAACUAUUAUCGGGUACGGAGCGCGGCCAUCUGAUGAACAAGUUAGCGGACCUAGUUGACCGGCAUCGCGAAACGCUGGCGACCAUCGAAACCCUGGACAAUGGGAAGCCGUACUCUGUGUCUCUUGGGUUCGAUGUUGCUCACUUUUCAGAAGUCCUCCGCUACUAUGCCGGCUACGCGGACAAGAUCCACGGGAGCGUCAUCGACGUCGGCCAUGAGAAACUGGCGUACACGUUGAAACAGCCAAUUGGUGUUUGUGGCCAAAUUAUUCCAUGGAACUACCCUCUUGCCAUGGCGGCUUGGAAACUAGGUCCCGCACUAUGUUGCGGUAACACGGUCGUCCUGAAACUCGCUGAACAGACGCCGCUGUCAAUGCUCUACGUCGGCAAGUUGAUUCGAGAGGCAGGGUUUCCCGCUGGCGUCAUCAACAUCAUCAAUGGCCACGGCGGCCUGGCGGGUGCUGCGCUGGCAUUACACAAGGAUGUUGAUAAGAUUGCGUUCACGGGCAGUACCGCCACGGGCAAAGACGUGAUGCGCAUGGCAUCAACUACCAUGAAGGCAGUUACACUAGAAACGGGCGGCAAAUCACCCCUGAUUGUGUUUGACGACGCCAAUCUCGAACAGGCGGUGCGAUGGGCUCACGAAGGCAUCAUGGCGAACCAGGGGCAGGUCUGCACAGCUACAUCGAGGAUAUUGGUACAGGACGGAGUUUACGACAGGUUCAUCGCCGCAUUCGCAGACUACACGAGCAAGACGUCUAUCCUUGGAGACCCGUUCGACGAGACAACCUACCAGGGCCCGCAGGUCAGCGCCGCCCAGCGUGAUCGCAUCCUGUCGUAUAUCAAGAUGGCUCAGGAUGAGGACACGAAUAUCCUGCACCCGUGUGGCUCUGUCUCCGACCUGCCAAGGAAGGGAUUCUUUGUCCCGCCCACGAUAUUUACGGAUGUCGGUACCAGCACGACUGUUUUUAAGGAGGAGAUUUUCGGACCUUGUGCUGCUGUGGCGCGGUUCAGGACGGAGCAGGAGGCGCUCGAGGUUGCUAACUCGACGCGGUAUGGGCUUGCUGGUGCUGUGUUUACGCGGGAUGUAGGUCGUUCGCAUCGCGUGGCGAGGGAGUUGGAGGCGGGGAUGGUUUGGGUGAAUUCGAGUAAUGAUUCGGAUGUGAGGGUGCCGUUUGGGGGGGUGAAGGAGAGUGGGAUUGGGAGGGAGUUGGGUGAGGAUGGGUUGAGGGGGUAUUAUAGUGUGAAGGCGGUGCAUGUGAAUUUGGGGGAGAAGUAG